UUUGUCACAGCCAAACCUCUUUUUUUUUCUAAUGCGUAACGUGCAGAGCAAUAAUUGGGUCAGAGGAGUUAAAGCAAACCACGGUUACUUUGUUUCUCACUUUGGCUCUGUUCAUGACAUGUUUGCUGUGUAGAGCUCUCGCAGUGUAAGCGGCUGAGAGGAAUACUGAUCAGUUUUCUGGGGCUGGAAAGGGGCUCUUGGGGGCGGGAGUUUGAUGAUGGAGAGAGCUCUCUGUCAGUGUGAAUGAGAGCUUUAAAGGUUUGACAGCAGUUGUCCUAUAAGUGUGGAGGAAGUGGAAGGACAUUGGGCAUGCCGAGGGAAUUUCUUAAAGGAAGCAGCCUGGACGUACCCGGACAAGAAAAAGGUCUCAUGAAGAAGACUCAGUUGCUCGACCGCGGCCAGUGGGCGAGCAAGUUGGAGUUUUUACUGGCUGUAGCAGGAACAUUGGUUGGCCUGGGAAACCUUUGGAGGUUUCCCUACUUGUGCUACAAAAAUGGGGGAGGUGCAUUUCUUAUUCCCUACGUCCUGUUUCUGCUUGCUUGUGGCAUCCCAAUGUUCCUCCUGGAAACAGCUAUGGGACAGUUCACAUCUCAGGGAUGUAUUACCUGCUGGAGGCACUUCUGCCCCUUGUUUGAAGGUAUUGGAUAUGCAACCCAGGUAGUGAUUGCAUAUGCUGCUGUUUCAUACAUUGUGAUCCAGGCAUGGGCUUUCUUCUACCUCUUUUCAUCCUUCAGUGCUGAGAUUCCAUGGGCUAGCUGCAGGAAUUCCUGGAAUACAGAGUCUUGUUUUGAAUUUGAUAAAGCAAAUGCGUCAUCCAACUGGACAGCAGCUGCAAACGCAACAACACCAGCAACAGAAUUCUGGGAGAGAAGAGUACUGGGUAUAUCUCAAGGGAUUGAGGAGAUUGGUAGCCUGAGGUGGGAUUUGGCCUUGUGUCUCUUACUGGCAUGGAUCAUUUGUUACUUCUGUGUUUGGAAAGGAGUGAAGUCCACUGGAAAGGUAGUUUACUUUACGGCCACUUUUCCCUACGUGAUGUUGGUGGUUCUGUUAGCUCGUGGACUCACUUUACCAGGAGCCAUAAACGGCUUAGCUUUUUACCUGUAUCCUGACCCCACAAGGUUGGUGGACCCUCAAGUUUGGAUGGACGCGGGUGCACAAGUCCUUUUCUCCUUUGGGAUUUGUCAGGGGAGUUUGACGGCUCUGGGCAGUUACAAUAAGUAUAACAAUGAUUGUUACAAAGACACAUUUGUUCUGUGUUUGGUUAACGGAGGAUCCAGUUUUGUUGCAGGGUUUGCAAUCUUUUCUGUUCUGGGAUUUAUGUCCUACGAACAAGGACUGCCAAUAUCAGAAGUGGCAGCUUCUGGACCUGGCUUGGCAUUUAUUGCCUAUCCGCGCGCGGUAGCCAUGAUGCCUUUACCUCAAUUAUGGGCUAUAUGUUUCUUCAUCAUGGUCAUCUUGUUGGGGGCAGAUACACAGUUUGUGAGUUUGGAGUGUUUGAUGACCUCAGUGACGGAUAUGUUCCCCAAUGUGUUUCGAAGAGCUUAUCGUCGAGAAUUGCUGCUGCUCUGCCUCUGCUCUGUUUGCUUUUUUCUCGGCCUCCUCCUCGUCACCGAGGGCGGCUUGUAUUUCCUUCAACUCUUUGAUCAUUAUGUGUGUAGUGGAAACAAUCUUCUCCUUCUUUCUGUGUGUCAGUCAAUAGCGAUUGGAUGGAUAUAUGGUGCUGAUCGUCUUUAUGACAACAUUGAAGACAUGAUAGGUUAUCGUCCCUGGCCUCUAAUGAAGCAUUGUUGGCUUUACGUUACCCCUGCUGUGUGUCUAGGUACUUUUGUCUUUUCAAUUGUGAAAUAUAAGCCUCUCAAGUUCAACAAAACCUACGUCUAUCCGACCUGGGCGUACGCUUUGGGCUGGUUUCUUGGACUGUUCUGUGUUCUUCUAGUUCCUCUGUGGAUCAUCUUUAAAGUUACUACAAUGAAAGGGACAAUUUGGCAGAACCUCAGGCAGCUGUGCGUCCCGCAGAGCUUGACGCACAGAAAAGCAAAGCAGCCCGAGCAGUGCCCUUUAAACCCAGACAUUACUCUUACUCCUGUUGCCAACGAAUACAAGGGAAGAGGUGGAGCUGAGAUGGAGAUGCAAGUCUGAAAACCAUAACAUUUUUAUAAAUUUUUCAGAUGUGAUGUUUUUAUUUUAUUUUAAACUCAAGGUUUUGUAAAGGAAAUACUGAUAAGAUCAUUAAUUCCGAAGACUUCUAGCAGAGUUCAGAGGCAGGUCGAGUUUUGAGAGACCGUGUAGACUAGUGACUAGCGAGGUAACUUUAUUCCCCGCUACAUUUUUUGUCUUGCUAGCAGCAAUCAGUUUCAAAUCAUUCCAGUGUUUGGUUGGCUCUUAUUUAGCACCACAAUCCUCAAACAAAAGCACUUGAGCCUUGUAGUUGACUUUCACAUUAGAUUGCCACAAACACUGCCACAAUUUCUGCUGAUUGAUAGAAUUCAUAACUGUAACUGUGUUGAAAUGUACUUUUAAUAAUGUGGCAAUAAUAUUGAUAAGCCUAUUAAUGUAGGCAGCUGGAAAAAGUUUUUCUAAAUUUUCUCCUGCAUCUAUGCUGAAUCUGUCUUACACUGCCUGGUCAAAAAAAGAAAGAAAGAAAAGCAACCACCCGUAUUUAAAUAAGCAAGCUGGUAAGAGAAUGAUGGUGAACCAUCAUCUUGGGGAAAAAGGAUGAAAUUUUUUCAUCUUGGGAAAAAAGUUUUAUGAAGCUAACAGCAUUUCCACAUUGUUAAGACAGUACAAGUUGUGUGGCUUUAGGAAAACUACUUAUCAGUGGUCAGCUGACUACCGCUGAUGUACUGAAUUGCCAUCAAUGUGAUUUUUUUUCUCAUGAUUCUGAGAAGACAAAUCGAGGAUUCAGCAACUCUGAAAGAUUAGAUUAGAUGAAACUUUAUUAAUCCCUCGGGUGGGUUCCUCUGGGAAAUUCAGUUUCCAGUAGUGCAGCACCGACAGAAGUUGCAUGUUACAAUAAAGGGGAUUGAGAGUAUGGAUGUGAGCAUAUGUAACACGUGGCGACACUAAAGCGGUCGCACUAAAAAGAAAGAUUCUUUAAAAUACAAGGGGGAGCAAGAGAGUCAGAUACCACGGGCACAGAGAGGAAGCAGGUCUGAUCAGAAACAGUUUAUUACUAGGCCAGGGAGCACAAAUAAAAACACCCUUAAAAUGCACAUAAUAAAAUGUUGUCAAUCUACUAAAACUAAAUAAAACAAUUCUAAAACCCGUAAAACUACCAUUUUCUACAUUCACCAAACCCCCCCCCCCCCCCUGGUAUAAUUAUGCCACAUGUUCAUUAUGGGUCCAUCAGCAGGCCAGGAAUUCCUUCUUUAGAGCAGAGUCCACGCCAGCCUCGUCUUCGGCAGACAAGAAAGAGCCUCCCAUCUUCUUGUCCUUCCGCUGGCCCAUCACUUCCCAGCCCGGCUUGCGUUCUGCUCCCAAAUCCAUCAUGCGACCACCGCCACAGCUCCCAUUGCAUCGGUGUCCUGUAAAAUAACAAAUAGGGGCCAGAACAAUGGUCCCAGAAGCGGCCCUGGCUCAUGGCCAUGGCAACCCUCUCCCAAUCCAGCGGCACCCAGUAAACAACAGUAGAGACCCUACUCACAAAUGCAGGCAGAGGUAAACCUCUGCCCUGCUGCCAAUCACACGCGUUGUCUCUUACUGUUGCCGUUCCAUGAGGUCAGGACUGGGUUGCCGCGUCACGCUGGCCAUCUCGCAUUAACCUUCCAGUCUGGGGCCUCUCUCCUUCAGUGCUCAGCUAGCCUGUUUUUAAAAGGUCUUUAGACAGCUGAUAGGCCACCUCUGGACACACCCCUGCCUCAGCAGGUGGUCCCUAUCAGCUAAUUUGUCCCAUGUGCAGCCAGUCCACAGUGGAUAAAAAACAUGUCACAUAAAACACUAAAAACCAUACAAUAGAAACAGAAUAAAACCAUGCAAAUAAAACGACACUCAUAAAUAAACACUAAAAAUCAGAAUAAAAACAAUAUACAAGAUAAAUACAAAUUUCCACAGUGUGACACAUAAAUAUACCAAAUAUGCACAUAUACACAUAUAUAAAUACAGAAUAUAUAAUAUGGAUGAAUAGGAAUACCAGUGGAUUGCACAUUUGAGUGAGUAUAUUGCACAGUGAUUAUUGCACAGUCAAAUAUAAGAAAAAAUAUUGCAAAUAUUGCACAGAGUUGUUUGUGGAACACGAGACAACAUUUUCACACAUGAAUCAGCUGACACAAUACAAGAUCUUAGUGAAAAAUUUGUGCAAUUCUUGCCUAAGAUUAUGAAACGAUACCAUGGGAAUUUGCGUUGUCAUCAAAAUUUGAAGCAAUUCUAAUAAAACAUUUGAGUUGUUCUUGUUUUUUUGACUUGGCAGUGUAAAAUUUUUAAUGGCCUUUUUUAUUGUUGUUGUUGUUGUUGAAAGUGUUACUUGCUCCCUUUGAAAGAAAUAUAUUAAUGUAAUAUUCUUGUGCCAAAAGUUCCCUUUCGAUAUGACGGCAACUCAACACUGAGUUGACUCGCCAACAUCUCAGUUGCCUUCGUAGUGUCAUAUACCACAAACACCACUCAAGAUGAGUUUGGGUUUGUUUAGUUUUUUAAAUGACCACAGGGAAAAUUAGUUAAACCACUUCGUAGUACAGCCCUCAGGUCUCUGCAACAUGCACAAUAAGCAAUAAUGUGUCACUGUGAGGCAUAGAGCAAUAACACACUUUUGAGAUAACAAGGUUUGUGAAGUUUGCCAACACUUUUUUUCAGUAAAGGAUAAAGGAUUACAGCCUGUCACCUUGUUCAAGGAUCAGAAGAUGCAAAUUAUCACCGUCCACUGUGACCUCAGAUUAUUACACAAUCUGAAAAAAACACAAACAAAAAAAUCAAGUUGCAGCUGAUGUGUGUGUGGAUACAGUGAGCUCAACAUAUAUUUUAUACACUGACAUGGUUUCUGUUAUUUUAGCUGUGUGGGUAGGAAGAUUUUAUGUUACGUACAGUUAUGAAUUUGAUGUAGACGUGGUUUUAGAGAUUUAAUGUGGGGGUUGGACAAAAAUAUUGCUUUAAUCAUUUACAAAUUCUUGCAAUAAUUAUAUGUUGUCCGUCAUCUUGAGGGGCUCAAUUAUAAUUGCACUAAAGCCAUUUCAUUGA